AGUUGUCUUAGUUGUUCGUAACCGAUGGGAAGUAAACUUUCAUGCGGGCCUCUGUGCGGGAAGUUUAAACGGAAGAAGAACGUCAACUCGGUGCCUGUGGUCGAUCAGCCAGUCGGUGGUGACACGACAGCAUGCAAUGUCUGCCAUCAGCUCAAUCCAGUCGGGUACAAUGCUAAUGUAUUUGUAUGUGGUACGUGUCGGUCAGUUAAUAGAAUCCAUCGAUAUGGUAAUGGUGAGCGAAGGCUGAGCACCGUUGAACCGACUCCAAAUAACGAGAUACGCCUACUGAGGCACAGUUCGACAGUUUUCGCGCUACCCGACAUUAACAAUGGAAGAACGUAUCCUCAGCCGAGCGGACCUGAUGACAACACAAUACCACCGUGCGCAGUCUGCUUGGAUAAUCCCGGAGACAUUGUAACUCUGCCAUGCUGUCAUGGCGGUCUAUGUGAGCCUUGCGCCCUCCAUAUCGCAAGCAACGAGGCCGUUGGUGGAGCAUGCUGUCCGAAGUGCCGCGCUAAUAUCGACAAACUGGUGCGUUUGGCUAAGUUGGGGGACCCAAUUUCUACCGGUGUUGAGCUACCAAUCCCAGCAUCAAGCAAGAAUCGACCAGCCCCUAGAGUUCCAGCUCCUCCAGGAUCUAAGAAGAAGCAUGGGAGCUAACCGGUGUAUAUGCGGAUAAACUGCUGCUUAUCUUCUACCUAUAAAUCACUUUACUGAGUAGUAAUCCGAUACCACCAGCCAAGGUUAGUAUUGGUAGAAAAACUGGUAGAAUUUUAACGAUCCCUAUCACUGCUCGUUGGGAGUCGCUACUACGAUUCUGAGUUCCCUUGUACUUCUCUUGUUAUUUUCUCUAUACUCGACGCGACUUCCACUGAUCCAUAGUUUCAUAGAGAG